GGUGGUGGUAUAGUGGCAAUGUCAAUGGAUCAAUGUCAGUGGAUUUUAAAUUCAGUUGAUACAAAUUUGGAAUAUAAAGAUAGUCUCAGUGAUGGUAUAAUCGAUUGACCUAAAAAAAUCCUUGAUGUAGUUCACUGAGAAAGAAGAGGGAAAUAAAUCUGCCAUCCUUAUCUGGUCCCAUUUAUGAUUGGCUCACUGCAACACAAUUGACUUUUAACUGCCCUCUGAAAUGGCUGAGCAAACCAAUUGGUUUUUAGGAAUGGGCAACAAAUGCUGGGUUAUCUAACAACACCUAUAUCCAAUGAAAGCAUAAAGAAAAAACUAUAUAAUUAAAAACUAUAUCUUAUUUAUUACCUUGCCGAAGGGUCUACUUCAGUUUCACUGUUGGCAUUCAUGCUUUAUGAAAGGAAAUCAUUGUCCUCCUAUUUAUUUUCUGUCAUAUUCUUUCUGCAGGACACACUGGGGAAGCUAAAGGAUCUUGCACAGUUGAAGGGUCAACUGGAAAGCAUCCAGAGGAGGGUGGAAGAGGAGGUACAAAUGGGAUUGCCCAAUGGUGGCUCCCUGUUGGCCUCUCCAUUCCUGAAGGGGUUCCUGGCGGGAUACGUUGUGGCCAAGCUGCGAGCCUCUGCUGUCCUGGGUGUGCUGGUGGGAACAGUCACUGGGAUUUAUGCAGCCCAAAACUACAGCAUCCCCAAUGUAGAAAACUCAAUCAAGGAUUACCUGGACUCGAUGAAGAAAGGACCAAAAUAACAAGCAUAUCUCCAUAUCUGCAGUCUCAGAGCCAGUUAACUCAUAUCAGGGAACUGCAGGAUAAUCAAAUGUGAACUUGGAGCGCAACUGGCCUUUGAUAUUAUUGAUGUAAAUGACUUAUAAAGCUUGACUGCUGUCGCUUGAUGCU